UCCACAACUUCCACCAUGUGACAGUUGACACUGGCAAUUGAGCCGGUUGUCACUUACAGGGGUUUCAAGUGUUCGAAGUUUAUUGUAUUUAUCAAGAAAUAUUCUGAAAUACUAUAUCGACAAAAUCUCCUUAUGUGAGCAGUUGAAUCUAUUUUACUUCCCCGGAAAUGGCGGUUUUAAAAUUCCUCAAAGGUGUUCGCAAUCAUUGGAAGAAAUCGCUUUUUGCUGCAAGCGCCCUGGCAUAUGGAGCUUCCUAUGCCAACGAAAAAUAUGAAAUUAAUCAACUCAUGCGGCAAUAUUGUGAAGAAGCAGCGAAAUACGGAGAUGUUAUAGUUGACGACGUGACAGUUCCACCAAAACGAAUUUUGGUCAUCCUAAAUCCCGCGGCGAAUAAAAAAUCAGCGGAGAAGCCUUUUCAAAAAUAUUGUGAGCCCGUUCUGCACUUGGCUGGGUUCCUUGUCGAUAUCGUUAAAACCGAUUCCGAAGGUCACGCUCUUCGCUAUGUGGAAGAACUAAAACAACUGCCGGACGCAAUCCUAGUGGCCGGUGGCGACGGCACACUUUCAGAAACAGUGACUGGUUUACUGAGAAGAUCGAAAAGAGAGAAAUGUCCAGUAGGCGUACUGCCGGUGGGUCGCACAAAUUCAGUAGCUACGAAAAUCUACAAUCUCAAACCAAAUUCAAGUGGGUUGGAAGAAGUGCGUGGCAUGGUCCAUUCAGCAAUUUCCGUGGUUCGAGGGAGGACUGCGAAAAAGGAUAUCAUGGAAAUUCAGGUGAUGCCUGACGAGGAGAGCGAACCACCACCGAAGCCGAUAUUUGCGGUUGGGUCUUUUCAGUGGGGCGCGUUCCGAGAUGCACAUUCUCUUCAGGACAAGUAUUGGUAUCUUGGACCUUUCCGAGACUACGCAGCUUCCCUCUUCAAUGCAUUUAGUGACAAACUCACAUGGAACUGCACGGCGCAAAUAAACUACACACCUCCGUGUCCGGGGUGCAAAAACUGUUACAUCAAGGAACCAGAACCGCAACAGAUUUCUACCGGUCGUUGGUGGUCGCGGUUUAUUCCCCGCUUCAGUCUGAAUCAGGCUCGCGCACAACAGGUGCCUGAAUAUUCGAAAGUUAUGAAUGAAAACUGCACAAAAGUGACAUCGAGCGAAGUAAAUCCAUCAGAGUUGGUGCUUAGCGUUGACUCUGGGGAAGGAGAAUCCCAAGCCACUGAUGCUUUACCGCACAGCUUGAAAAUCAAUGUAGGCGACAACGUGCAAGGUGCCUUCGAUUUUAUCGGAAAAAGUUGGAGUCGAAUUCGGACGCACGAAGUCGAUGUUAAAAAUAGAAUUUUAGCGAGAACUGUCGAAUUGAUUCCUGCGCAGGUUAGUACAGAGGAGAAGGAGAUUUUUUACUCCAUUGAUAAUGAACCGUAUGAGGUUCGACCUGUGAAAAUUAGUUUAGUUCCAAAAGCUAUAGAUAUGUAUACUUUGUAGUGAAGAUUUAAUAAAAGCUGGGCGCGUUGUUGGAGAAAAA